AUUAUUUUGGUGACGCGCUGGAUUUUGUCGGCACCUGAUGCACAGCUGCAUCCGGCUGCAGUCUGACACAGAAGUUUGCUGCUUUUUCUGUCACUAACCUGCCUCAGAAAAUGAAAGUGAAGCAUGGUGCCAUUAAAGCGGAGAAAAGUCGCUGGGAGUAAUAAGACUGAAGCUGAGAGCAGUGGAGAUAAUGGAGCGAACAAGUUCCCUCAGGUCGUUUUAUUCCUGCUGGAGAGAAAAAUGGGAACGAGUCGAAGAGCUUUCCUCUCUCAGCUCGGUCGGAAGAAAGGAUUUCAGGUGGAGGAGCUGUUCAGUGAAAGCGUCACACACGUCAUUUCUGAAAACAACUCUGGCGACGAGGUGAGGACGUGGCUGGACACGCAGGGCGGAGGUCGAGGCCGGACGCCGGUUCACCUCCUGGACAUCAGCUGGUACACAGAGAGCAUGAGAGCAGGACUUCCUGUUCAGAUCCUGGACAGACACAAACUACAGGAGCAGCAGGUUGAAGCGGAGGUUGUGACGUUUUCAGUACCAAGCUACGCCUGUCAGAGAAGAACCACUCUGGAAAACCACAACACCGUGCUCACCGAUGCUUUGUCGCUCCUGGCCGAGAACGCAGAGCUCAGCGAUGAGGACGGACGAGGCGUCGCGUUUCGCCGGGCGGCCGCUGUGUUACGGUCUCUGCCCGAGCCCGUGACGGACAUGAAGCAGCUGAGAGGGCUGCCCUGCCUUGGAGACCAUUCGCUGAGGGUCAUCAAGGACAUUUUGGAGGACGGAGCGUCGAGAGAGUUCGAGUCUACGAAGCAGUCUGAGCGGUUUAAAGCUUUAAAGGUUUUAACCGGCAUCUUUGGAGUUGGAUCAAGAACAGCAGACCGGUGGAUCAGAGAGGGGAUUCACACUCUUCAGCAGUUACGAGAUUCAGGACAGUCACUCAAUCGAGCGCAACAAGCAGGUCUGGAGCACUACGACGACCUGAACCGGCCGCUCACUGCGGCCGAGGCCGAGGCUGUCGGAGAGAUCGUGGAGAGAGCCGUGGUUUCUGUUUUACCAGGAGCACAGAUCACACUGACCGGAGGAUUCAGGAGAGGAAAGCUGACCGGUCACGACGUCGACUUCCUGAUAACUCACCCAGACGAAGGCAGAGAGGAGGGGCUGAUGUCUAAGGUGGUGUCAUGGCUGGAGUCUCAGGGUUUCCUGUUGUACCAGAAAACCACCAGGAACUCGUACCUGGAGUCUAAGGACGGUCCUGCUCGGCCCCCCGCCAACAUGGACCGCUUCGAGAGGUGUUUCUCCAUCUUCAAACUGACCAUGGAGGAGAGACGAGGAACAGAACAGCCAGAAAACGGCGAGCGAAAUCCAAAUCCAGCGGAGGACACGCUCAGUGUUGGAGCCCGAUCUGGUUCACAGACAGAUGAAAAUACACCUCCACAGAGUCAGGUCCCGGCUGACGAACGGAGACACCGUGUGUCCGGUGAAGAUGGAGGUCAGGAGGAGGCAAAACCUGCUGCACACAAGCCGUGGAGAGCUGUGAGAGUGGAUCUGGUGGUUUCUCCCAUCAGCCAGUUUGCUUUUGCUCUUCUGGGCUGGACCGGAUCCAAGUUGUUUGAGAGAGAGCUGCGACGCUGGGCGGGACAUGAGAAGGCCAUGUCUCUGAGCAGCCAUGCUCUGUAUGAUAACACACAGAGCAGGUAUCUCCGAGCGACGUCAGAGGAGGAGAUAUUCGCUCAUCUUGGUCUGGAGUUUAUUCCACCGUCAGAGAGAAACGCCUGAAGAGACCGGACGAUGCGCUGCUGCAGGACGGCCACGCAAGUACCACCUGAGGAUUAUAACCUGGAGAGAGGAGGGAGGUGGAGACAGACACAGGAGUUUAUCAGACAUUAAAAAACACUGCAUGUUUCACCUCAGUCGCACCUGACAAAAUAACAGAAACACCUCAGUCAGUUUAAUCAAAAACUAAACAUCAUAACCUUCAUGAAGGAGGAUUUAUUGCAUGACAGACUGCAUUAGCUUCACCGAGGUGUUCCUAAUAAACUGACCACUGUAUCCUCAUUUCAAACCAUGCUGCAAACUUCCGUCUACCUCUGUAACAUGAACUCUUCGAUCUGUUUUUGCACCGAUUAUUUGUUACAAUUAAAGGUGUACGAAUUAAAACCUUAAAGGGUCAA